AUGUCUUCGGCGGCCCCACAAGAUGCGAUUACAGCAGCUCAGGGCCAAGCCGCCGGCUCGAAAAAGAAGAAGAACAAGAAGAACAAGCCCAAGAAGGCGCUCGACACCAACAACGCCAACGAUGGCACAGGCUCGGCUGAGCCCAGUCCUCGCGACAGCAACAGAGACCUGUCAGCCGACGAGGAGCCAGACACCCCGGUGACAGAGAGCAGUGAUACCAGAAGAGAGAACCAAAAGUUACCGUCGACCUCCGUGACGGCACCCGACACGCAAGGGAACGGACAUGUUCGAGCGCCAUCCGGGAACGGUCAUCCUGUCUCCUCCGACCCCCGUCCAACGCAAGCGAUCACCACGAACGACACAAGCGCAAAGCUAGAGGCUAUGUCGGAAGAGCGAGAAGCGCUCCGCAAGGAGGUGGAACAGCUCCGAAAGCAGCUCGAGACGAUACAGGAAUCCCACACGUCGGAAGUGAGCAAGCUGAAGACGGACCUCGAAGAAAGCGAGUCUGCGAAGGACCAGGCCGAGGAGCAAUACCAAACACUGCUCGGAAGGGUUGAGAAGAUCAAGCAGACGCUGGGCGACCGCCUAAAGAGAGACAGGGCCGAGCUGGAAGAAGCGAAUCAACGUAUCGAGGAACUCGAGGCGCAAAAUGAGGAGCUACAGAAGGGCGAUUCCUCCCACGAGGAGGAAAUAGCCAGGCUUACAGAUGAGCUGCAAGAGUCAAAUCGUGAGCUAGCGACUCUGAGGAGCCGGAACAACCUGGCGCAGCAGAACUGGCUAAAGGAGAAGGACGAUAUGGCGAGACAGGUGCAGCACUUCCGGAGUGAGCUGGAGUCUACGAGCAGCGCCAUGGGCGAAUGGGAAGUCAUCGCCAUGGAAGAGCGGCAGGUGAGGGAGAGUCUCACGGAAAAGGUCGCAGAUCUCGAGGAGCAGCUGUCAUCCGUCAGGGAGGCGUACGAGAGAGCCGCGGAAGAGAGGGAUAGCUCCCUGCAGACCAUCGAUGGGUUACAAAGGGCUCUGCAAGAAAUCCAAGAAGCAAGAAGGAAAGAGCUGAGAGAUCUCGUUGAGUCUUCGGAAGAGCAGCUUCAGGAGAUGAAGAAGCGGGUGGAGGAAGCCGACAGUCGUGUAGCAGAGGCCGAAGAGGCCAAGGAGAGGCUCACGAAAGAGCUGGAAAGGACAGCCCCGUUCGAGAAGGAGGUCAGGGAGAAGAACCUGCUCAUCGGGAAGCUGAGGCACGAGGGUAUCAUACUCAACGACCACCUCACGAAGGCUCUGCGGUAUCUGAAGAAAACGAAGCCAGACGAGCAGGUGGACAGGCAAAUCAUCACAAAUUACUUCCUGCAAUUCCUCUCGCUGGACCGGUCAGACCCAAAGAGGUUCCAGAUCCUACAAGUCAUCGCGGGCUACCUCGCCUGGACGGACGAGCAGAAGGAACAAGCAGGCCUCGCCCGCCCCGGCGCCUCGAACAGCACCCUCCGGCUCCCAGUCUCGCCCUUCCACCGGACACCCAGCACACCAUCCCUCAGCACCGAGUUCUUUUCCGAAAAUGCGCCGACGUCGGGCAAGGAAUCUCUGGCGGACCUCUGGGCCGGCUUCCUCGAGCGUAGCGUGGAGGAGGGCCGGCCAAUCGACACUCUAGGCACCAACUCGAGGAAAGGGAGCGUGUCUAGUAGCACGGGGACAGGGACAACAGUAACCAAGCCAGAUGGCGGGAAAGGAUAG